AUGGUGGUUGCUAUUCCUUUUGAACCCAAAAAUGGCAGAAGGAUAGGGCGGCUGCACCGCUGGUGGGACCCCUUAAUACGAUCGCCGGUAGAUCGUGAUGAUGAGGUGGAAGACAGCAACAGUGUUCGUUGGGCAGUUCUUGUUGCUGGUUCAAAUGGAUACAUUUUGCAGGCAGAUGUAUGUCAUGCUUACCAGAUUUUGAAAAGAGGAGGAUUGAAAGAUGAGAACAUAGUUGUAUUCAUGUAUGAUGACAUUGCCAAAAGUGAGCUGAAUCCAAGGCCUGGAGUCAUAAUCAAUCAUCCAAAUGGCAGUGAUGUCUAUGCUGGCCAAUUAAAGGACUACACUGGUGAGCAUGUCACUGCUGCGAAUCUGUAUGCUGUGCUUCUUGGUGAUAAGAGUGCUGUGAAAGGUGGAAGUGGGAAGGUUGUCGAUAGUAAACCGAAUGACAGAAUAUUUCUCUAUUACUCUGAUCAUGGUGGUCCAGGGGUGCUCGGGAUGCCAAACAUGCCUUUUCUUUAUGCCAAAGAUUUAAUUGAGGUCUUGAAAAAGAAACAUGCAGCAGGGACCUACAAAGAAAUGGUCCUCUACAUUGAAGCUUGUGAGAGCGGGAGUGUUUUUGGUGAGAGCGGGAGUGUUUUUGAGGGUAUGAUGCCUGAAGACUUAAAUAUUUAUGUGACAACAGCAUCAAAUGCCGAAGAGAGCAGCUGGGGGACGUAUUGCCCAGGAAUGGAUCCUCCACCUCCACCGGAAUAUAUAACAUGUUUGGGAGACUUAUAUAGUGUUGCAUGGAUGGAGGAUAGUGAGUCUCAUAACCUGAAGAAGGAAACAAUAAAACAACAGUACGAGAAGGUGAAGGAAAGAACGUCCAACUUCAACAACUAUAAUGCUGGAUCUCAUGUUAUGGAAUAUGGAAGCAAAGAAAUUAAGCCAGAAAAAGUUUAUUUGUACCAAGGAUUUGAUCCUGCCACCUCGAAUCUUCCUGCAAACAAGAUUGAUUUUGCGCACUUGGAGGUUGUCAACCAGAGGGAUGCUGAUCUUCUCUUCUUAUGGGAGAGAUAUAAGACGCUAGCAGACAAUUCAUUGGAGAAGGCCAGGCUUCGGAAAGAGAUAACGGACACAAUGCUGCAUAGACAACAUCUAGAGGGGAGCGUAGAUGCAAUUGGAGUCUUUCUUUUCGGCCCAACAAAGGGUUCUUCUGUUCUCAACUCUGUUAGAGAGCCGGGUUUACCUCUCGUUGAUGAUUGGGAUUGCCUAAAAUCGACGGUUCGCCUUUUCGAGCUACAUUGUGGUUCUCUAACACAAUACGGGAUGAAGCACAUGAGAGCAUUUGCAAACAUUUGCAACAAUGGAGUGUCGAGAGAUGCUAUGGAGGAAGCUUUUAUGGCUGCUUGCAAUGCGCAUAAGAUAGAGGAGUAUAAGCGCAAGAUAGAGGAGUAUAACGCUGCCAACCAGGGCUUCAGCGCUUGAUCACUCGGUCAUCUUGUUUUAGCAUAAAUACUGAACAAGAAUUGCUUAGCUACACAUCAGUAAAAACAAUGCUUGUAAGAUAAUAUUAGAAUGUUUGAUGCCUACUUUUGGUUUCCUAGAUUUUUCCUUUGUACAUGUGCGUCAAACUGUUGCAAGUUCAGUGGUAGCAUACUGAUGCUAAUGAUAUAAUAAUUUGCAUUA